AUGUUAAAUCAAGAACAGAUUCAUCGAUAUUUUAAUCAUUUAAGUGGAGCUAAACGUAUUGAAUUUUUAUAUGGUUUAUUACAUUUAUGUCAACCAUUAGAAUUACGUUAUUUGGGUACUUGUUUAGAAGAAAUAGCACGUAAAGAUUAUGAAUAUUUAUAUCAUGCUGAACAAAAAACAAAUCAUUUACCAACACAAAAUUUAGCGACAACAAAUAAUGAAACAAAUAAUCAACCACAAAAUGAUCUUGGAUCUGAAGAAAAAUUAGAUUUAACUGAUCAAUUUACACGAGCACAUGCUAUUGUUGAUAUUGCUCUUCUUUGGGCAAAAAAUCGUCCAUGUGCAUUACGUUUAUUUCGUCGUUUAAAAGCUAGUGAAAGUAUUAAAUUGAUUGAUAUGCUUCUUGAACGUGAUGAUUUAGAUGAACGAACAAUGGAUGAAAUAUUAAUUAUAUUUUGUUUAGCUGCUAAUCAUCCAGCAUUUAGUUUUGAUAUGCGUACCCAAAUGUCACAAACACUUAAAGAACUAGAAAAAAGGCAACGUAAAAUGAAAUUAUUACAACCAGUACAAAGUAAUAAUAAUGAUGAUGAAAUAAUUGAUCCACUAGAUGAUACAACUUGUUUACGUCAUCAUAUAUUAUCAUCAUCAUUAUUGAAUUCAAGUACAUUAAGUGUACACGCAUCACCUUUAUUAACUCGUUUAGUUGUUGUUAAUUAUGAUACAGAAUCAACUCCUUUGAGAAUUUUGAUAAAAGCUGAUUGGUCUGAUAAUAAUUCUACAUUGACAUGGAAAACUCCGAAUGAUAUUCGAUCAUUUCAUUUACAAUUAUCUAAUAUUGUUUAUCAUGAUGAUGUACGGUUAGAACGUUUAAUGAAUAUCUCUGGUUAUUUACGUGAUAUUGGCUCUCCAAGUGAACCAGAUAUUGAGUUAAUGAAACAGAAUAUUGCAACAUAUAUGACGCAUCUUGUCUAUUUCUCUUCAUACAUUUCUACAAUAUCAACAUUGGCAAAAUUUUUUAAUUCAUCUUUGAAACUUGUCGAUUCAAAACAACGUUUAUUUAAUUCAAGUAAUGGUUUUGAUGAACCAUUAUCAUCAUCCUCAUCAUUCUCUAAUGGAGUGACACCACUUCAAUGUGAAUUACCUGUACAACAACCAACUGAAUCUGAGAAUAAAACACAUUGUUCACCUAAACUAUUAUUAAAUAAUAAUAAAUCUAAACAACAAACUGAUGUAGCAAAACAAGCACGUUCAAUAGUACCAACACAUAAUGGUACACAAACUGGAUUAGAAGUACGAUGUGAAGAAACUCAAACUGAUCGAAUGCCUGGACCAGGUUUUAUUCUUGCUGAACAUCAAGAUUAUCUUCGAAGAUAUUCAAUGGAUGAAUUAGCAAAAUUAACACCAGCUGAUCUUAUUGCUGAUGGACUUGAUCAAAGUACAGCUCAAUUACUUUGCGGUGCUUUAGAUGAUUUAAAACCAAUGAGUGUUCAUUUAAGUAGUAGUAGUGCAAAAAAUUCUCGAUCACCAUGUACUUUUGUACAAAUGCCUUCAUCAUCAUUGUCUCCACCACCAUUAUCACAACCACCAUCAUUACCACCAUUGUUAGAUGCUGCCCUAAUGACUGUUGUACAACAACAACAACAACCAUCUCGUACGCCGCCACCUGGUUUUGAUCGAAAUCAAUAUGAACCUAUUUUAAUUAAUUUAGCCGGUGCUCAUCCAUCUCUAUCAUCAAGUCCAAGUCCAAAAUUACCUAAAACAGGAGCAACUACAUCAGGAAAGAAUAGUAUUCCUCCACUUCCACCACCACCACCACCACUGCCAUUACCACCACCACCAUCAACGUCAAAUUGUCCAUCACAAACUCAACAUCAUGUACCACUAUUAACUGCACAUUCAUUUCUAUAUAAUUCAGUUGAACCAUACAUGUUUCCAAUAGCUAUUCCGCCGGGUUUUCCAUCAACAACACCUGAUUUUAUGCGAUUAUUUGCUCCAAAUAUGGCAGCUGUAGCCACCAAUCCAACAAAUACUAGUUUUGUACAAACAUCAAAUACUUCACAAGGAUCUGUAUCUAAUUCUCGUUCCACAACACAAUCUAAUGGUACGAAUACACCACCAGAACAAAAUGGACAAAAUCAUCAUCCAUCUCCACCACCGCAAUCAUCAUCUCGUCAUCAACAACAACAGCAGCAAGCACAGCAACAGCAACAACAGCAAUCACAUCAAUCUCAGCAACAUCAUCAACAACAAUCACAUCAUCGUCAUAGACAAUAUCAUCAAUCUGAUUCUAUACAAUUUCAACCACAAAAUGGAUUUCAUGCUCAACAACGGCAAACACAAACAUCUUAUCCUCAACAACAUGUAAAACCAAAAGCAUGUUAUACUUGUGGUGAUCUGGGACAUCUUGCAUUUGCCUGUCCUGAACAGUAUUCAUCUGAUUCAAAUUAUCCGCAUAAUACUAGAGAUAGUUAUAAACUUGAUUAUCGACCACGACAGAGUACACCAACUAAUAUUCAACAACAACAACAAAGGCAAAUGCGUUCAAAUUCAAAUUCAAAAACUAAAGUUCGCGAUAAUAGUUAA